UCGGAGGCACAAAGAAUGCGUUCCUUUCGUCUCAUUCGGCCCAAAGAGGUUCAUUGGCCUCGGACGGCCCACCCACAGUCCCAGUAUUAUCGUCUCCCUCCUUGCUCUCAUCUAGUAGAGUCGUGGCUGCAGCUCAAUAACCUUAUCCCCUCCCUCCUCGAGAAGAAGCAGGAAGACACAAGGAAGAAGAAGAAGAAGAUGCUGCUGACCUCGCCCUUCCUCGCCCCUCUCCAUCUCCCAACCCCAAAUGCGGCGCCCAUGGCAACGGCAAUGGCGGGGAUGAUCGGGCGGAUCUCGGCGGCGAAGCAGCUGACGGGACGCGUGGUGACGACCAAGGCGAACAAGACUGUCGGGGUGGAGGUGGUGCGGCUGGCCCCGCACCCGAAAUACCACCGGCGGGAGCGCAUCAAGAAGAAGUACCAGGCGCACGACCCGGACAACCAGUUCAAGGUCGGCGACGUCGUCGAGCUCGUCCGAUCCAGGCCCAUCUCCAAGACCAAGCACUUCCUCGCCGUCCCCGUCCCGCCCCGCGACACCCGACGCAAGGCACAGCUCCUCCCGCCGCUCCAGCCCGAUGCCGACGGUGCCGGUGACGAGGACGCCCAGUAGUCAUGUGCUGCUUUCCGAUGUGUUCUUUGCCCUUUGAGUUUCCUUUUUGCUGCUGCUUCGACUUCUCUGAGAUGAGAUGAGAUGGGCGCGUGUGCUCUUCUGCAUUUCCUAUGUAGGACGAACGAACGAAUCAACAGCAAUCGCUUGAUUACGUUUUCUUUGCACAUUUGCUUGUAUUAUUACCAAGAGUUUUGAUUCAUAUCCACGAGUAUUAUGGUUAUCUC